UUUUUUUCAACUUCUGGAGAGAAGGAGAGAGAGUGUGUGCCUCAAGACGGAAGAUGAGCAUGGAGGAAGAGACGACUCUCGCGCCGGUCGCGCAAACGGAAGCGGGAAAAGAUGGGUCGAAGGGCAAGAAGCGAGAGCCGCUAAGACGCCCAAGGGGCAAGAGAGGCGGUGUUAAGCACCAGCGAAAGGAGAAAUCGUCGACGUCGUCGAGCAAGGGGCCUGCUGCUGUUGUCAAGGGCAAGGUCAAAGGGCAGGGCAAGAGUGAAGGCAAAGGGCGAGGCAAGAACGACAAGCCGCCAUCGGACCAUGCAGCAAAGAUUGCAAAGUUCCACGCCCUCGAAAAGAAGAUUGCUCAGACGGACGAUGCCGAGGAGAAGGCGCGGCUCCGCGAAGAGCAGGGCGGACUGGACGCAUACCAGGAUGCCAGUCUAUUUGGCGGAGACCGGCAGCGCGGGGGCGAGAGCGGCAAGUGGUGCGCAGAGAAGUUGGAGCUGCUGCGUGGAAAGGGCAGGCCAGUGAGGCUGCUGGACGUGGGCGCGCUGAGCGGGACCUCGUACCAAAAGUACACGUCGUGGAUCCAGGCAACGAGCAUCGACAUCAACCCGCGCGGCGACCAUGUGGAAAAGUACGCUUUUCUCGACUACCCCAAGCCGGCCAGCGACGAGGACCGCUUCGACGUGGUGGCGCAAAGCCUCGUCGUCAACUUUGUGGGCGACCUCAAGGAACGGGGCAGGAUGCUCAUCCAUGCCCACGACUACCUCAAGCCGGACGGCUACCUCUACCUGGUGUUGCCGCUUGCAUGCGUGACCAACAGCCGUUAUCUGGACCAUGAGCGUCUCCGAAGCAUCCUCGACUCGUGCGGCUGGAACGUUGUUGUGCAGGAUGACUCCAAGAGGCUCACCAGGUGGCUCUGUCAGCGAAAGGGCGCGCUUUCCAGCGAGGAAAGUGGCAGCAUUGGAGAGACAAAUAAAGGGAAAAAGGCAAAGAAGGGCAAGCGGAACAACGACCAGGCCGAGUGGGACGGCACCGAAUGGAAGAAGCAAGAGAUCAAAGUCGGUGCCACACUCAACAAUUUUUGCAUCGUCGUCAGGAGAGAUGCUCAAUGAUUGCCACUCUUGCACAACUACGUUCUGUACUUGUACCCCUAUGCAUCGCCAUUACUGUUGCCAUCAUUAUCAUUAUCAUUAACAUCAUCG